GGGGGCGUUAGCCCCCUGGCUAGGUGUAUAAAAUACUAUGGGGGUCGAGGGGACGUAGCCUCCUGGCUAGGCGAAUAUAAUAUCCCGGGAGUCCAGGGGGCGUAGCCCCCUUGCCAGGGAAUAUAUAGAUCGUAGUGUAUAAAUCCCACAGGGUUAAGGUUAGGUUGGUUUAUUGGUUUGGACGCGAUGUACGAUCACCAGGAUUAUGUGAAAUCCCGUAGAUUUUUACCGAACAAUGGGUUUGGUUCCCGAAGUUUUUCGAAAGUUGGCGCGACGGUGCGUAGACUUUGAGUGGUGGCGGCCAUGUCCGUAGAGUUUCAUUGUCCGAUUUUAAGCGGUUUUUUUUUUUUUUUUUUUACACAUCUCUUUUCUUCUUAUGUCAGCCUGUUUUACCCCACAAUUUCCCUGUUCUACUUCAUACCCUCCCCUGCUAUCGGGACUUAUCAAAUCACAUCUAGAUUUUGACAGGCCAGCGAGCCAUUACUUCGAGAAACGCAUGAAAAAUGGUUCGUUUUCAGUGUUACGUCGAUCCCGGGUCAUUUUUCAAGCCACGUUGUGGAUAUACAGGACAAAUGGACAUUAGUCUCUAUCACAGCCUGAUAUUUGAACCCAUCAAGUGCCCCAAAUGCCGAAAAAAGUUAUUAGAAACCAAGCAAUUGCGACCAUAGACGAAAGCGAAGAAACAUUAGGUGUUUCGCUACAUAAAGAACCAUGAAGGUGGUAGGAGUCAUUGGUGCUGGGGCAGCAGGUCUCUGUGCUACUCGACACAUCUUGUCCUCAGAGGAGCUGACCCCAAUAGUAUGGGAACAGUCGUCGCAGAUAGGUGGUACAUGGAGGCUCUCGAAAGAUAUUGGGACAGAUAGCAGAGGGUUUCCAGUACACUCAAGCAUGUAUGAGAGCCUGAGGACCAAUUUACCAAAAUUGCUAAUGCAAUUCCCGGAUUUUGACUUUCCAAAUAAGGCAGAAUCUUUUGUUCAUCACACAACUAUUCUCAAAUACCUGGAAGAUUAUGCUGAUCACUUCAAUCUUCAUCCAUAUAUUAAACUGGGCCACCAUGUAGAGAAUGUGUCUGUAUUGAAGAGUGACGAAGGGCCUCCAUGCUGGGCUGUUACAGUGAAAGAUCUGUCAACUGAUGUAGUCAGUACUGUCACCUGUGAUGCCUUGCUUGUUUGCAAUGGGCACUUCUCCACACUUCAAAAGCCGCUUAUUGAAGGGAUUGAGAAUUUCAAGGGUCGACAAAUUCACAGUCAUGACUAUCGUGAACCAUCACCAUACACAGAUUCCAGAGUUAUAAUCCUUGGUGCUGGGGCCUCUGGACUGGAUAUUUUAAUGGAAGUAUCUGCUGUUGCCAAGGAGGUACUUCUUUCUCACAACCUGCCAGUUCCCUUCCCUUCUGAGUUUUCUCCAAAUGUCAAACAAGGUUCAGGCAUAAUGAAAGCUUCGGAAAAUGGCUUUUAUCUUAAAGACGGAAGUUUCCAAGAAGCAGAUUGCAUAAUAUACUGCACUGGCUAUAAAUAUACCUUCCCAUUCCUUGAAGAUAAAUGUGGCAUCACAGUUGAGAAUAACCAUGUAAAGCCAUUGUACAAACAAAUUAUCAAUGCUUUCUUUCCCACCAUGGGAUUUAUAGGCAUCCCAUCACGUAUCGUUGUGUUCCAACUCAUAAACUACCAGGUACAGUACUUCCUUGCAACCUUAACAGGGAAAACUCGUUUACCAAGGACAGCUGAAAUGAAAUCAGAGAUUGAAGCCUAUGCUGGAGAGAGGAAGAAGCAAAGAUGGAAAGAAAACCAGUACCACAUCUUGCAAAAUGACCAAUUCCAAUACAUGGAAGACCUGGCAACUCUGGCUGGCAUAGAACUGCCUUCUCCACACCUGAAAAAAAUCUGGAAUGUGGUCAUUCCUCGUCUGCUUUUCUCCUUUCCAAACUUCAAGACCUAUGAGUAUUCCCUUGGAGAAGAUGGGGCAUUAGUUGAGAAGUGGGAGGGCAAAGUAGUCAGUACAUCAUGGGACCUUACAAUACUGAUAGCUAAACAGGUAUCCCGACUCCUGUGGCGCAAUUUCCCAAAGAUUGCAUAUAUUUUAGGCUCUGCAAUUCUUAAGAAAUUAAAGGGUUUUGUUGGAUUGUGAUGUUCCAUGCAUAUUUUCAGAGGAAUGGUAAAAUUUUAUGAGUUUAUGUGGGGUAUGUUCUUUUGUAAUUACUGAUGUAGUUUACUUUAGCUGAUUACUUACUGGCCAGAAUGAAUUGAAGUGCUGAUAAUGAAGCAAAAAUAUUUUAUGACUAAUGCAUAGUGUAUUUUUGAUAAUUACUUGUUAUGGCAAGAUAGAGAAUUUUGCAAGCAUUUUAUAUCUGCUGAAUCAGUAGAAGAGCAUUUAAUUAUUGUCAUAAUGAAUGACAAAUUGGAAAAUUAUAUUUUUUAUAUACUCUUGAUCUUUUGUAAUUGUUAGAUAAUUUUAUAUUCUAUAGUUAACCCACCAUCACCAAUGAAAUGUGUUCACUUUAGUACUGUUUUGUGAAAUGUCUCUGCACAUGGAGAGCUCUGCGAGAGCUUAGCCAUAAAGGAGUCAAUUAGUAGUGUGACCUCACCUGAUUUCAUCUUUCCUUGACUUUGUGGGAAAAACUUUUUUUUUUUUUCUAUUUAUCAAUAUCGAUGCUGUUAUUUUUAUUAUAAACAUUAUAAUUAUUAUAUUGUUACUGACAUUACUAACAGCAAUAUAAGAUAUCAGAAUUUAUUUUUUAAAAUCAAGGAGACGGUUAAGCAGGUGAGAUAGGUAGUACUCAUAAUUGGCUCAUUGGUGACUUAGUAACGUUUCAGUAUUCUGGCACUUCCACGAUAUGAAACUGUCUGAACCUUCUUUUAACACUACUUUGUUUAUAGAUGAAUUUAGUUCAAAGAAGGCUGACAAUGACAGAUUAAUGUGUAUCUCCAAUAUUUGCUUUUGUUUGACACGUAAUAAAUGUUAAUGUACUAAAUACAUGGAAAUACCUAAAAGACAAAAGAUGAUGAUUUCUUUUUAUAUCAGUUAUUAUAACUUCUAGCACAGAAUCAUGAUGCCAUUUGAGGGUAAACAGGGUAUUUUGAAUAUGCAAGGUAGUAGAAACAGUAUUUUUUUUUAUUGAUAAUUUUCUGCCAUGUCAACAUCUAAGGUCAUUAGCAGUAUAUUCUAAAUACAGUGAUAGUGUGAGACUUGGGGGCAAAUCCCCCCAGGAAGGAAGUGCUAUAUGACAAAGGUCAUAUGGUGCUAUGGUAAAUUUAAUAGCAAAAAGGGUUAGGAAUGAAUUAAUGAUUAGGGUAAAGUUACAGGUUGAAUAAUACUACAGGGUAGUAUAGUAGUGAAGAGGGUAGAGAGGGGGAGCUGAUGGGGUAUAGUAUAAGAUAAAGUUUGUUAAAAGAGGAAGAAGUUAAGGGAGUAGGGAGCAUUACGAUAAUGUAUUGUGGUGAAAACGGCACAAAUUUCUUAACUAUUAGGAUAAGUGGGCAGAUCAAGGGGAUGAAAGAAUGCAAAUGGAAAGAAGAAAAGACCAUGCAAAAUUAGUUGAAGCAAAGGCUGAGGACCAAGGUAAGGGUGACACUCUACCUUGGGCCUCAGUGCCCAUCUCCUAAGCCCCCUCAUGGCAACAACCAAGGGAUUGAGGGGGGGGGGGGGGCUUAGUAACAGUAGAGGAGGCUGUGGAUGAAUGGUAGCUGAUCAAUUCUAGCUUUAUCAAGUUCAGUAAAAGAAUCGCACAGUCUCUUUAGGCAUCUUUUGCAGAUGUUUUUAAUCAACUCCUUGGAUCUGGGUACCUUGCUGCCUGCAUGGUCCGGGCAUUAGGCUUAUUUGAGUGGCAAUUCUCGGUUAUGUGGCUUGUAGAGCUGGCCACGAGUGUUCAUGUGUGGUGUCAAGACUUCUUACCUCCCCUUUGCAAUGUUAUUUAUCCUUUUUUACUUAAAUAUUGUUUUUUUGCCAUUUUGCAAGAUGUAUAUUUGUCAUUUGAUAUGCUGUAAGAAGAUGGUCAUACAUUGUUUUCCUUGCACUAAAUUGAACUCUCCCACUUACCUCAACUUCCGAGUUAGCAUAAUCUCUUACUUGGUUGGACUUUAUGUACUAUUCGGAAAUCGGUGAAGCGGGCAUGGCUAGAAAGAGUUUACAACCUGUUAAGAAAAGAAUACUCCACUGCACUAUGAAUAAUAACCAUGUAUAUUUAAAAUAGAUAUUGUGUAGUAGAGCCUUUAAGAACACACUGUGGUAAUUGGCGAUUUAGAAAUCAAACUCGCUGUUAUACAGCAGCAGUAACGAUUCCCAUUCCAACGUCGCUGGUAAAAGGUACGAGAUGUGAAUAAACUUUCCCCUAAGAAGACUUAACUGGUAUUCAGUAAACUUUCUCGUUGUAUGGCGGUUUAAUAGUAUUUUUUCUGUAGAAAUAACGUGGCUACCAGUGGACCACGUGGCUGGUUACCAUGCAGAUCCAAAGUCCCAAAUAAGAACCACCCACUCAGCGAGGACGGAGGUCACAUUUUAUAUCUCACCUCAUUUGACGGGAGUUUGUGUCAAGCACCCGACGCGGUAAGGCCGGCUUCGCCUUCUCCCUCAGGGUUAGCUGGCCGCGACCGCAUACUGCGAUUACCCUUAUAACUAGACGUGUCUCGUGUGUUCUUAUAUUGCGUGUGUCAACUCUUAGGAAUAAAGAGUGAAUGCCG